GAAAGGCCGGCGGUACUGGGCCCGGGUGCGAGUCUGGCCUGAAGGGUUCUCGGGAAAUUGCGACUGGAGCGACUGGAGCCCCGUUGCAUUCUGGGACUCAGCAAUAGGGGACUCUCCAGACAAUGAUCCAGCGGUGGAGACGUGGUUGGUCUGGUGGGCUGUGAUUGGUGCUGCGGCUGUGCUCGUCUUCCUGCUCGUGAUCAUGUUCAUGGGUGCUCAAAUGAGGAAGUCUUCACUAAUACCUGAUCCCUCAAAGUUCUUUGACGGUCUUGACUCUGUCCAUAAAGGAAACUUUAAGGCCUGGCUUGGCCCCUUCUGGACACUGGAGACCUUGAGCGUAGAGCGGCAAUCGGAGAUGUUCUCUUCCGUGGAGGUCCUCAAAGUCCAGAUGUCCAGCAGCUUCAACAACAUUCAAUACUUCUACGGGCCUCAGGACAACAUCAAGCACCCUCCCCCUCCCUUAGCCAACCUGGAGCCCUGCUCGGAGUUCUCCCCUUAUAAUGACAUGAAGAGUGACCAGGGCUCCAGGACGGAGAAGGAUGCAGACAUGAGCAAGGGGAACAGCAGUUCAGGUGUCACCAGCAGCAGCAGCAGCAGCAGGACCAUCAUGGAUCUGAGGCCUAUCCAGAUGUGCUCCUCCUAUGAGGACCUAGCGAGGCUGAGGGCCGGGGCACAAAGCCCCGACUCAGGGUUCUCUGGGGGGAGCAUAGAGGAGGAGAGCCGCGAGGAGUCGCUGGAGGCAGGAGAGCAGCAGAACCGUCACGAGCCUGACGAGAAGACCCCCUUGGCCCGCUCCGGUGGCACUUUCAGUAUCCCAAAGGCUCCCAGAUCCUCAAAGAUGCCCCUCAAGACUGAGUUGUUUUUACCCAUGACUUCCUUCUCACUUUUACCCCCUCAGCCCUGUGCUCUGCCCUCCCCGGGGACAGUUGCUCCAGACCUCUGUAGUACCCCCACGGGAUGGUUUCACAAGGAGGACAUUCUUGCCAGGCUGUACGGGGAGCUACAGCCUUCUAGUGACGAUUACAUGCCAUUGCAAACAUAAAUCCUGGUUGCUUCAAAGGCAAGGUCAGGUCCUAGCACUUGCAACACAGCUAGCCUUGUGAAGGUGUGUGAUAACAGAAGACAUUUCUUAAUGACAGCCAGCUAUAUGCUUCCAGACAGAAGUGGGAUUUUUUUUAUUUUUAUAUUUGAAUCCAUUUAUGUAAGUGGGGGUAGUGGUAAUAUGCUUGUGUUCUCCGACAUGUUGAAUGUACACUUUUUAUUUCAUGUUUGCUUAUGUUAAUAAAGCGUUUGAUUUCAUGUUGCCAAA